AUGGGGAUGUUUAUGAAAAAGGAGCUGAAGAUGAUCCAGAAGUUUCUGACAAAUGAUGCAGAAUACUUGGAGAGUCAGUGUGAGGAUGAGGAGCAGAGGAACAUCCGACUGGUUUUCCUGGACCUCACAGUGGCCUUCAUGAGGAGCAUGAAUUAUGAUGAGCUGGCUGACUGUCUGCAGAGCAGAACUCGUACUGAAGUUUGUCGUCGUAGAUUCAAAUCUAACAUGAAGCAGAAGUUUGAGCGUGUGUUUGAGGGGAUCUCUAAAGCAGGAAAGACGACUCUUCUGAAGGAGAUCUACACAGAGCUCUACAUCACAGAGGGCGGGGCUUCAGAGGUCAACCAGGAACAUGAAGUCAGACAGAUUGAAGCAGCAUCCAGGAAAACAGACUCACCACAAAGAACCAUCACAUGUGAAGACAUCUUUCAAGCCUCAGCUGACACUCAGCCACCAAUCAGAACAGUGCUGACAAAGGGCGUGGCCGGCAUCGGGAAAACAGUCUUAACACAGAAGUGGACUCUGGACUGGGCUGAAGGACGAACCAACCAGGACUUCCACUUCAUAUUUCCAUUCACUUUCAGAGAGCUGAAUGUGCUGAAAGAGAAGAAGUUCAGCUUGGUGGAACUUGUUCAUCACUUCUUUCCUGAAACCAAAGAAGCAGGAAUCUGCAGCUUCCAGCACUUCCGGGUCUUGAUCAUCUUGGAUGGUCUGGAUGAGUGUCGCCUCCCUCUGGACUUCCACAGCAAUGACAUCCUGACUGAUGUCACAGAGUCAAGCUCAGUGGAUGUUCUGCUGACAAACCUCAUCAGGAGGAACCUGUUUCCCUCUGCUCGCCUCUGGAUCACCACACGACCUGCAGCAGCCAAUCAGAUCCCUCCUGAGUGUGUGGACAUGGUGACAGAGGUCAGAGGCUUCACUGACCCUCAGAAGGAGGAGUACUUCAGGAAGAGAUUCAGAGAUGAGGAGCAGUCCAGAAGAAUCAUCUCCCACAUGAAGACAUCACGAAGCCUCCACAUCAUGUGUCACAUCCCAGUCUUCUGCUGGAUCACUGCUACAGUUCUGGAGGACAUGUUGGACACCAGAGACACACCAGAGUUGCCAGACACCCUGACUGAGAUGUACAUCUACCUCUUGAUGGUUCAGUCCAGAGUGAAGAAGGUCAAGUAUGAUGGAGGAGCUGAGACAGAUCCACUGUGGAAUCCAGAGAACAGGGAGAUGAUUGUGUCUCUAGGAAAACUGGCUUUUGAGCAGCUGCAGAAAGGGAACCUGAUCUUCUAUGAAGAGGACCUGAUAGAGUGUGGCAUCAAUAUCAGAGCAGCCUCAGUGUACUCAGGAGUCUUCACACAGAUCUUUAUAGAGGAGAGAGGACUCUACCAGGACAAGGUCUUCUGCUUCAUCCAUCUGAGUCUUCAAGAGUUUCUGGCUGCUCUUUAUGUCCAUCUGACCUUCAUCCAGUCUGGAGUCAAUCUGCUGUCCAAAGAACAAGCAACAUCCAGAAGAUCUAAGACAUCUGAAGAUAAACUUGAACUAACACAUCUCCAUCAGAGUGCUGUGGACGAGGCCUUACAGAGUCCAAAUGGACACCUGGACUUGUUCCUGCGCUUCCUUCUGGGUCUUUCCCUGCAGACCAAUCAGACUCUUCUACGAGGCCUGAUGACACAGACAGACAGAAUCUCAGAGACCAAUCAGGAAACAGUCAAGUUCAUCAAGAAGACGCUCAAUAAGAAACUGCCUGCAGAGAGAAACAUCAAUCUGAUCCACUGUCUGAAUGAACUGAAGGAUUGUUCUCUACUGGAUCAGCUCCAGCAGCUCCUGAACUCUGGAUGUCUCUUUGAAGAUGGUCUGUCUGGUUCUUCUUUAUCAGCUCUGGCCUUCAUCUUACUGUCCUCAGAUCAACAUCUGGACGUGUUUGACCUGAAAAAAUACAAACCUUCACAUGAGGCUCUUCAGCUGCUGCUGCCAGUGAUCAAAGAAUCUAAAAAAGUUUUAGGUCAGGGACUGGAGAGUACACACUGUCACCUGGAGACUCUCAGGCUGAGUUUGUGUGAUCUGUCAGAGAGAAGCUGUGAAGUUCUGAGCUCAGUUCUCAGCUCUCAGUCCUCCAGUCUGAGAGAACUGGACCUGAGUAACAACGAUCUGCAGGAUUCAGGAGUGAAGCUGCUGUCUGCUGGACUGGAGAGUCCACACUGUCACCUGGAGACUCUCAGGCUGUCAGGCUGUCUGAUCACACAUGAAGGCUGUGCUUCUCUGGCCUCAGCUCUGACCUCCAACCCCUCCCAUCUCAGAGAGCUGGACCUGAGCUACAACCAUCCAGGAGACUCAGUCAAGCUGCUGGAUCCACUCCGGACUCUGGACUCUCUCAGGGUGGAUCCUGGUGGAGUCCGAUGGCUGAGACCAGGUCUGAGGAAGUAUUUCUCUGAACUCUCUCUGGAUCCAAACUCAGCGAACAGAAAACUCAAACUGUCCAAAAAUAACACAAAGGUGGAACAUGUGGACGAGGAUCAAUCAUAUCCUGAUCAUCCAGACAGAUUUGACCUUUGCCCUCAGGUCCUGUCUUCAACUGGUCUGACUGGUCGCUGUUACUGGGAGGUCAAGAGGAGAGGAGAGGUUUUUAUAUCAGUGACUUACAGAAGAAUCAGAAGGAAAGGAGACAGAGAGGACUGUGAGUUUGGACAUAAUGAUCAGUCCUGGAUUCUGUUCUGCUCUGAUCAUUAUUACUUUGUCCGACACAAUAACAGACAAACAGUCCUUCCUCGCUUCCCUUCGUCCUCUCACAGAGUCUCAGUGUUUGUGGACUGUCCUGCUGGCACUCUGUCCUUCUAUGAAGUCUCCUCUGACUCUCUGAUCCACCUCCACACCUUCUGCUGCACGUUCACUGAACCUCUGUGUGCAGGGUUCAGGUUUGGGUUCUGGUCUGGUUCUGGUUCCUCUGUGUGGACUGUAGGACGGAGAGUCUCCUCCUGUGGACACAAACACUCGAUCAUGAGUGUUUGGACAGUAAAUGUCCAGCUGGUUUGUCUUUAAUGUCUUAGUGGUUGUAAACUAACGUGAUCUUUGGCGCCCCCUUCUGGCUGACGUAUGAUCCAGACACCGACGUGUUUUUGGUUCUGUGUCAGCGAUAUUGUGCCUUUAAAACGUACAGCUAGCCUGUGCAGUGUUACCACACAGUCCAGACCAAAAUCUGGACAUUGGCAGAGUCCACACUGUGUCAAAACCCAGCUUGCUGGACUUGGACUUCUUCAAACAACUGAACCGAGUUAAUUACAGCCGACAAGAGACGGCAGCUCCGGAUACACGUGAGCGCCGA